CAAUCAUGCAAACUGUAGCACUCCUGGUCCUGCUUGGAAACAUUAUUCAUACUCUACAGUAUGCCUCAUUUAUUGAAACUUCAACAACCUUUAACCAUAUGAUUGUUCAUCCAAAGACAGGAAUAGUUUACAUUGGAGCAGUUAACUACCUCUUCCAGUUGACUUCAGACUUGAAACUCUUGUGUAAGGCUGAGACUGGACCUGUAUCUGACAGUCCCAAGUGCCUUCCUCCUAUUAUCCCAAAGGAAUGUCCAGAUGCCCAGUUUAUGAAUAAUACUAACAAAAUACUGGCACUUGUUGACCACAGGAGUGAACUAAUUACAUGUGGAUCUGUGCUUCAGGGCAUCUGUGAGAAGAGGAGUCUAGAAUCUGUGGAUAACAUUACAUUCCGGACUGAGAAUCCUGUGGACUCCCAAUAUGUAGCUGCAAAUGACCCAAAAGUGACCACUGUGGCCCUUGUUGAAAUAGCAAAUGGGAAGGCUGUGUUGUUUGUGGGCCGGGGACAUACAAAUAGGGCACUUGGAGGAGUACCACCCAUAACUGUAAGACAUUUAGACGGUAGUUCCAACAAUAUUUUUUCCAAUGAGGAUAUGGGCAAGCUUGUUGUUGGGAGCUUUUCUGAAUAUAAUAACCAUUUCGUCAAAAUUUUUACUUAUGAUGGGCAUAUUUUCUUCCUUUUUUUCCGGAGGGAUUUGCGAUCCAAGAUGGAGUACAAAACCUAUGUGUCUCGACUUUGCAUUAAUGACUUGCAUUUCUACUCGUAUGUAGAAGUUCCCCUUUCAUGUACAUCAGAAGAAGGUGUGAAUUUCAACUUGGCCCAGUCAGCUCACCUGAGCGUAGAUAGUAAUGAAGCUGUACUGAUUGUGACAAUGACUGUAGGCCAGGCAUCCACUCCUGUACCAACACAGGAAUCUGCACUUUGUAUGUACUACAUGAAAAUGAUUAAUGAGAGGAUUGAAUGGGCAAGGAGUCUCUGCUACAAACAAGAAGGGAAAAAUGAGAAUGAGCUGUCAUAUAUCGAGUAUGAGGUAAAGUCAUACUGUCAGAAGCUCCCAGAGGAUUCAACAGUGAAAUUUCCUUGUGGUGAUGAGCAUACUCCUAGCCCUAUAGCUACCAAAGAAGCAGUUUCGGCCUCUCCUGCACUCUGUCUGCCAACUCAGCUAUCUGCUGUGAUAACAACUACUGAAGGAAAUCACACAGUUGCAUUUCUUGGAGACAUCAGUGGAUUUCUGUAUAAGGUUUAUUUAAAGUCUUGGACUGAAGGUGAAGUGUAUAGUAAAAUACUUGUGGCAGAAUCUUCUGCAGUGAAUGCAGAUCUUUACUUGGAUGCUGGGAAAGAUUACCUUUAUGUAAUGACAUAUUCUGAGGUGAAGAAGAUUCCUGUGUCUGAAUGUUUUCAGUACGGUGACUGCGCCUCUUGUCUUCAAAAUCGGGACCCCUAUUGUGGCUGGUGUGUCCUAGAGGGCAGGUGUUCCCGAAAACCAGAAUGCAGUGGCUCUGAAAAGGAAUUUCAUUGGCUAUGGAGUUACAGUGAAGGCAUUCAAUGCUUAACCGUACAGACCGUCUUACCAGCUAACCAGAGCAGAACAGUUGUAAAGAAGGUAAUGCUAACACUGAACCACCUUCCAUCACUGGCAGAAGAUGAACACUUUAACUGUUCAUUUGGACAGUUUAAAACUAAUGCAGCGGUCAUGGGUACUGCAACUGUAAUAUGCGAGUCUCCCCCUAUUAAUGAUCUUCCCCCCAAUGAACUUCAUAAAGGUGAGUAGUAUAUUUUAAGUAAAUUUAUCU